GGUGCGCUCCAGAUGGAGCCCCGCAAUCGGCUGGCCGCGAGGGAGGCGCUGAGGGCCCCGUGGUUCGCUGGAGUCGCCUUGCCGCGCUCAGUGGAGGACCGCGCCGUGUCCUUAGCUGCUGCCCCGGCGCCUGCAGUGCCGCCGCCCGCCCCCCGAACGGAGGAGCCGCAGCGCUGGCAGCCGCAGCUGGCGCCGCCACAGCAGCCGCAGCACCACCACCCGGUGCACACGGGCGUGCUCCAGCGCGGCGAGGACUCUUACGAGCGCCAGCAGCCGGACGAGCCGCGCGCGCCCCUGCGUGGGCUGCCGCCCCCGCGCGAGAGCCCCGCCCAGCGGGAGCAGCCGGAGGAGCCUACGCGUGGCGGCUUCCACUCCGAGGCCCCGCGGCCCAACGCGCGCGGCGGCGACGAGCUCCGGCAGGCCCUGCACGUGGACGCGCCGCGGCCCAACACGCGCGGCGGCGAGGAGCCGCGGCAGGGCCUCCACGCGGAGCCGCUGCGGCCGGGCACGCGCGGGGGCGAGGAGCCGCCCGUGCGCGUGCGGGGCGACCCGCGGGCGGCCGACCUCCACGGCGCCGACCCGGCGCGCCCAAACACCCGCGGGGCGGAGGACCACCGCACCCGCGGCGACGAGCUGCGCGGCACGGAGCCAAUGUUCGGCUCACACGGGCCGCAGUUCAGCCCGCCGCAGCCGCCUCACCAGAUGAACCGGCCCGCCUACUUGCUGCCCUGGGAGGCCUCGGGGCCCGAGGACGGCCGCCACCACACAGAGACGAGCGCCGCGUCCGGAUGGGACGCGGACGACAAGGGCGCCGACGGGCGCCGCUCGCGCAGGCGCCCGGGCACAGGCGAGCUGGUGUCUGGAGACCGCCCGAGCCCAGCAGCGGGCAGCAUCGCUGUGGAGCAGCGGGCUGCCGUGGCCGCUGCGAGGCACAACCCGUCCGCAGGCACUGGUGGAUCUGAGGAGUGGCCCUUCGCGCCAAGCAGGGUGCCCGCGUGGCUGCGAGAGCAGGAGCCCGAGGACGACGCGCCCGCCCUCUUCGCCGCGCCCUGCGGCGGCGCGGGGCCCUCGCACCCCGGGCGGCGGAACCCGUCGCGCCAGCAGCCCGGCGCCCUCGCGAACCCGCCGCCCGCGCCGGCGGCGCGGCGCAGCCCCGAGGUGCCGAUGCCGGUGGAGCUUGGAAUGUCAGACCUUCCCGGUGGACUAAGUGGCUUACCGUCAAUUCAUGGAGGCAUUUCUGGCAUCUCUGGCAUCUCCUUGUCGCACCAGAGCUCCUCGCUCUCGCACCCGAACUCGCUGCUCAGCGACAGCUCUCGCGUGCGUGAGCGAGGACAAAUGGACAGCUCCCGUGUGCGCGAGGAGGACCUGGCGCGCCAGCUGUGGUCGAACAGCGUGGGCCGAUGGAACUGCCCCCCCGACUGGCAGCACUUGGGCGCGCCCGGCCCCGCCAGCGGCCAUGGGCACGGCCCCGCGGAGCUGGCCCCAGUGCGCGACGCCCGGGGCGGGCUGUUGCACGAGGCGCGCGAGCAGAGGCAGCUCGAGGGCCGAGGCAGCCUUGCGGGCGCGCUGGGUCGGCGAGAGCCGUCGAACACCUACCUGGGCCACUGA